CUGUCCAAACGGUCGGACCUGAUAGCACAUUCUACGCCGAGAGAGUGCUGAAGAAAAACACUUGAAUUGCGACAAGGAAAAGGCAACUGCAAAAUAUACAGUACAUAUAUAUAAAAUAGUUUCAUAAUGAAAGUGCAACAAGAUUUUCUCCCAGUCCGGAAGCUGGUCGCGACACGAGGUUAUUUUCUUCUAUAAGAAAACAUUGAAGUGAUUGCUGGUGUGCAGUUUAAUCUCUCAAAGCGUGAAGACAGCAUGGCAAAAAUGAAUUUCUAGAGCUGGCUAUCGGAAGAGAGAUCUAAUCAUUUGCCUUAUCUUGUCCCAGAGAAGUCCGUGGAAGAAGAUUGUUUUUGGGUCCAGAGAAUGGAGCCCACGAUGGGAAGAAUAUUCAUAGGGUGUGAAGCCCUGACAGUUAGGAAUUAUUGAUUUCCCAUCAAAUCCACAGAGAAGAACUGCUGGAGAAAAAGAUGUCAAAGAAAGGACGUGGAAAGGGCGAGAAGCCUGAGGCGCUAAUAGAUGCAUUACAAGCUGCCAAUGAAGAACUCCGAGCCAAAUUGACUGAUAUUCAGAUAGAGCUUCACCAGGAAAAGAGCAAGGUGAACAAAUUGGAAAGGGAAAAGGUGCAAGAAGUGAAACAGGUACGAGAGCUGGAGCAGCAUAAGCACACAGUGCUCACCACCGACCUCAAGUCCAAGCUUCACGAAGAGAAAAUGAAAGAGCUGCAAACCGUGCGGGAGAUCCUGCUGAAGCAGCAUGAGCAGGAGCUCGCCCGUGCAAUCAAAAUUAAGGACAGUGAAAUCCAAAGGCUCCAGUCCACCGUGAAUGUAUUAAGGGAUGGGGCAGCUGACAAGGUCAAAACCGCCCUGCUCAAUGAAGCGAGAGAAGAGGCUCGGAAAGCAUUUGACACUGAGCGCAUCAAACUCCAGCAGGAGAUAGUUGAACUGAAGUCUGCCAAGAAGCAGGUGGAAGAAACCCUAAACAAUACAGUCCAGGCUGAUAAGAAGAAAGCCGCUGAUCUCAGGAGUGCAUAUCAGUCCCAUCAGGACGAGAUAACCAGAAUAAAGAAAGAGUGUGAGAGAGAUAUCCGCAGGCUGAUGGAUGAGAUUAAGGGCAAAGACAGAGUCAUCCUUGCCCUGGAAAAGGAUCUUGGGGUUCAAGCAGGCCACACACAGAAGCUAAUUCUGCAGAAGGAAGCCCUUGAUGAGCAAUUAGUGCAAGUGAAAGAGGCAGAGCGAUACCAUAGCAGUCCCAAGCGAGAAUUUCCCAGUGUUGGUGGGGACACCUCAGAACCAGCAGCCAACCAGAUUAAACCAUUAAAGGAGCAGUAUUCAUUAAAGGGGAACUGUAGUGUCAGGGAACCACCUCUGGAUGAAAGGGAUGUGCGACGUUUUCAGUUAAAGAUCGCUGAACUGAAUGCUGUGAUUCGUAAGCUCGAAGACAGAAAUACUUUGCUGGCAGAUGAACGGAACGAACUGUUGAAACGUGUACGAGAGACGGAGAGCCAGUUGAAACCACUGGUAGAGAAAAAUAAACGGCUAGCGAAGAAGAAUGAGGAUAUCAUGCAUUCUGUACAGAGGAUGGAAGACAAGUUGAAAACGUUGACCAGAGAACAUGCCGAAAUGAAGGAAAAAUUAUCGUCACAAGGACAGCUCAGACGACAUACAUCACUGAAUGAUCUGAGCCAAGGGCAAGAUGAGCAAGAAAUGGAGUUCUUGAGACUCCAGGUUGUAGAGCAACAGCAUAUUAUUGAUGAUUUAACAAUGGAGCGGGAGAGAUUCUUACGCUCGAAGAAAUACAAAAGAAGAAGCACAAAACCCCACAAGAGGCAUGUUGUAGAGACAUUUUUUGGAUUUGAUGAAGAAUCAGUAGAUUCAGAAACCUCUUCAUUAGCCUCAUGUACAACUGAUAGGACACCAGCAACUCCAGAAGAAGAAUUGGAAGAGGUCCUAAACAGAGAAGAGUCUGAACUGAGGUUUCGCCAGCUUACUCAAGAAUAUCAGGCUCUUCAGAGAGCUUAUGCACUGCUUCAGGAGCAAGUUGGUGGGACACUAGAUGUGGAGCGAGAAACCCGGACUCGUGAACAACUUCAAGCUGAUCUUUUUCGCUGUCAAGCUAAAAUUGAAGAUCUGGAAAAAUCACUCGCAGAGAAAGGACAGGAUUCAAAAUGGGUGGAAGAUAAACAAUUACUUUUUAGAAACAACCAGGAACUGGUUGAGAAGAUUCAUAAAUUGGAACUUGAAGAACUCAGACUGCAGAAUGAGGUGCAAGAUGCAAAGGACCAGAAUGAGUUGCUGGAGUUCAGAAUCUUGGAGCUUGAAGAGCGGGAGCGAAGGUCACCAGCUUACAACUUGCACAUAUCAGCUUUUUCCGAGAGUGGGAGUGCCCUUCAGCUUUAUUGUCAGCAAGAAGGCAUUAAGGAUGUAGUAAUUCCUGACCUAAUGAAGAAACUUGAUAUCCUAGGAGAUAAUGGGAACCUGAGAAACGAAGAACAGGUUGCAGUAAUUCAAGCUCGUACUGUGCUUUCACUCUGUGAGAAGUGGCUGAAACAGAUUGAAGGCACAGAGGCUGCUCUUCAUCAGAAGAUGUUGGACCUGGAGAAUGAAAAGGAACUGUUUAGCAAACAGAAGGGCUACCUAGAAGAGGAGCUGGAUUACAGGAAACAAGCUCUGGAUCAUGCCUACAUGCAAAUCCAGGAACUGGAAGCCACACUGUACAAUACCUUGCAGCAGUGCCCUGGAAACAGAGUAAGCGACACACUGACUGAGAAACAAAAGGAAGAGUUGAAGUUGGCUGUUGAGAAGUGGCGACGUCAGGUCCUGAGGCAGAGCCGGGAGUAUGAUGGUCAAAUCUUACAGGAGCGUAUGGAACUGCUGCAACAUGCUCAUCAGAGAAUUAGAGAACUGGAAGACAAGAUAGAAAUCCAGAAAAGGCAAAUCAAAGAAAUAGAAGAAAAGCUUUUAUCCUCUGGCCCUGAAGACCACUCUUCAGAAGCACAGAUCACAAGAGAGCUCACAGAAGAUAAAGCUAAGCCAACUGAGCAAAUCUCAAAGUGUACAAAGCAACUGGAAUAUAUUGAAGUGGAGGCAUCGACCAAAUUCCAAGCUUCUAUUAGAGACAAACGAAAACACAAAAAGAAAAUCGAUUCAUGUACACAUGCUAAAUCCACGUUGGAAGAGUCCAUUCAAAAUUUUCAAAUGCUUAUCUGUUUAAUGAAUAGGAAGAUCAUUUCUGACAACAAUUUGUUUUUAAACUACCAAGAAAUAAUAUAA